AUGAAGAUGGACCUUCGUUUGAUUGCCAUCGAUAAACAUCAGAUGGAAGAUCAUGGAUAUGGGGAAGUGGCAAAGCGUUGCUCCGUUUCAAAAUAUAUUUCAAAAGAUAAGCGAAAAGGGCCGUCGUUGCAUCGAAGGCAUUACUCAACUCCAUCAUGUCAUCCAAUCAAGCCUCCAGAGGAACAAAAACAAAAACGAAAAUCCAUGGACAGUUGUAUAGGUGGCACCAUAGUCGAACAAAAAUGUGGCACUAGUAAGACUGUUUGGGAUAACAUGGAUGAACUCGAGUUGGAAGACGAGGUCGAUGAUGAUGAUGUUGACGAUGAGGUGACUAUUGCUACUUUAGGUAUUCUAAUCCUUUAUAAGUUUACAGAUCCAAAGGGAGAGGUACCUCGUCAUCUUCUGCUUGGUUUUUGGUGUCUUCACAAUAGCGCGAGUACCCAAUUUAGAUCAAGAAAAGCAGCGCUUUAGAUAGUAGUCAAUAUACAAAUCUGGAUAUAAACUUACCUCUUUGUUUUGAUAGGAGACUACG